AUGCCACAACGUCUGCGGACAGCUGGGGGCGGUCGAGGGAACACACCGGACCUGUCUGGAGCGAUGGACGCCACUAGGAGGUUAACUGACGCGAUGGCAUCGCCAAGCGGAGCCCGCGAUGCUGAUGCAGCCAGUGAAAUUGAAGGUUCCCCGGGCACAGGUAGAGAACAGUUGAAUGCCACCACACCUCCACCUCCAUACGCUGAGUCUGAAGCUUCAAAAACACAUCAACCGGUAGAGCGUUACGUCAGAGCCGAUGGCAAGAUCGGAGUCAUCAUAUCACAUGGCCACUAUGGUGCUUGGUCCACGAGGAUCCGGCUUCUGUUUGACCCUAGAGAUCCGGCCACCCCGGGGAAAACGCGCAGGAUGGAAGAAGUCGCUGUUUUCGACAAGGAAGUCGUUGCAAUCGUGUUGGAAGGACACAUAGAUCAAGCAAAGAGGAUUGCAAUGGCAAAAAUGGGGCUGCCGAUCCAGCAUCAAAUGACUUUUGAUCAUGUGCAGUUGAGUGUUGUGUGGGUGGCUCCUGGAGACGAAUUUGAGGUGGCAGCUAGUCCUGGUUUUGAGAGGAUCAGAGUGAAGAACUUGAUUGAUUGGUGGCGUGCUUGA